UAUACGCACUGAGUGGGGAAGGGGCAGGCUAUAUUUUCAAUGAGGAAAACAGUGUCUAUCAAACGUCACAUGGGUCUGGGACCGAUUGCUUCCUGAAAUGCUGUUCAUCGUUGUUGUAUUUUUUUUCCCACUACGGUACUAGUAUUAGGUUUUUCAUUCAUUUCUGUAUCGGUUUAUUAUUUCUACCGCAAUGAUAAGCAAAGUCAAAAAUGCGAUGUCCACGCUGGUGGGUGGAAUGAUGCCCCACGGUCAUCACCAGCACCACGGAUCCGGAAACGUUCACCACCAGAACUGUCACCAGGACGGUCUGCCUCCACGGUUUCCCUACGGUCGACCCGAGUUUCUGGAUCUUACACCAGAGGUUCUUCAAUACUCGACAGAACAUGCUUCUCGACCUGUGCUGACGUUGAAGAGGGACAGCAGGCUUCCCUGGCGGACGGGAUACGCAGAGACCAUCAAUGCUGGGAAGAGCAUGCUGAAUGAGGACCAGGCGUCCUGUGAGCUGCUGUACGUGAAGAAGCUGAGCAACAAAAAACAGCGCAACUCCACACUGCUGGAAGACAAUGGGGAUGGCACAGGGAUCCCACUGCAGUACUGGGGCGUGUUCGACGGUCACGCAGGCUCAGGUUGUGCCAUCAUGGCAUCUAAACUCCUCCAUCGCCUCAUCAGAGACAGACUGGGGGACAUCGCCCACCUGCUGGAGAACCCCUCCGUGACGCCCCCUAUCUGCCUGGCCAAGAACGGCAGCCCCUACCAGGUGGAGGUGAAGAAGGGAGCAAAUUCCACCCAGGACCCAGAGGACCCUGACGCCAUCACUGACCCCUCCAUCCGCUUCCACACCGAGAAGACUGUCAGUCUGGAGAGUCUGAUCAUGGGCAUCAUAGAAAAUGCCUUCAAACAGAUGGAUGAACUGAUAGAGAAAGAGAAGAUGUCCUAUACCAUCUCUGGUGGAUGUUGUGCCUUGGCUGCCAUCCAUUUAAUGGGGAAGCUUUACGUUGCCAAUGCAGGAGACAGCAGAGCCAUCAUCAUCCGUAACGGUGAAGUCAUCCCCAUGUCCAAUGAGUUCACGCCCGAGUCAGAGAGGCAGCGCCUGCAGUAUCUGGGCUUCCUGAGAUCGGAGCUGCUUGGGAAUGAGUUCACACACUUGGAGUUCCCUCGCAGGAUCCAGCACAAGGAGCUGGGCAAGAAGAUGCUCUUCAGGGACCACACAAUGAAUGGCUGGGCUUACAAGACCAUCAUAGAAGACGACCUCAAGUUCCCGCUUAUAUAUGGAGAGGGCAAAAAGGCCCGUGUCAUGGCCACCAUUGGGGUAACACGUGGCCUAGGGGAUCAUGACCUAAAGGUGUACAACUCCAACAUCUACAUCAAACCCUUUCUCUCCUGCUGCCCAGAGGUGAUAGUGUACGACAUGUCUGAGUACAAGCAUGGCCCUAAUGACGUGCUGGUGAUGGGUACAGAUGGGCUGUGGGACGUGACCACGGACAGGGAGGUAGCAGACGCAGUUUCAGGCUUCCUGUCCUGCUGCGAGCCCACUGAUCCUGUGAGAUACACACUGGCCGCCCAGGACCUGUUGAUGCGGUCGCGAGGGGUCCUGAAGGAGAGGGGCUGGCGGUUACCCAAUGAGAGGCUGGGUUCAGGAGACGACAUCACUUGUUAUGUUAUCCCCUUGGCGGGACCGACAGGGCCCGAGACAGAGACAUGAAAGGCCCUGUCCCACCCCCCUACCAGGAGAGGACUAGCUCCCUUGGACCAACCAGGGUCACUCCGUCCCCCCUACCCCCUCUACCCUGGAGAGGGGUGAAGAACAUACCUCCCUUUAUAGGGAAGCCUCAGGUUGGAGAGCUGGCUGCUGACACCUGUCAACCGGCCCGUCCUCCUGGCUUCUGCAACAACCCACUCACCCACUGGGCUCUAAUUAUUGACAUUACCUGACCGACCGACACAUGUCCAUUUCUGAAACCUGCUCUUUUUGAUCGCUACUUAAUGAGAACUCUGCCCCUGUAGCUUCAUGUUUUAAUCUCUCUAAUUGAAUGGCUGAUAAUUGCAGGAGGAUUGGUUAGGCCAUCAUCUGAUAGCAGUGCUUGGUUAGUCGUUCUAAAUAAAACCUCCUUAUUACCUUAUGACCCCCACAUGUGAUUUAUAGAAUGCUAAAUUCCUAAAAUAAUGAAAAGUAUUGCUUGUGUAGAGUACAGUAUGACAGGUGGAGGUAGAUGGCCCUGCACAUUGUCUAACAUCAAAUAGCAUGACUGAUAGCAAUUGAGGGACUAACAUCAUGUAGGAGUGACACCACUGCUCAAAAGACAGUGGAGCUCUGUGACAAAAUAACUAUAUGAGCCCUAUAUCUAAGGUUAGGAGAUGCUUCUGAAACACGGAUGGGAAUGUUGAAUGAGGAAGAUACAAAGUAUGAAGAGGAAACAGUCUGUUACCCAUCCUGUGCCAGUAUUGCAGAAACUCCAAUGUCAAAGCAGCAGUGAAUGAUGAUGAAGGAUGUGAAACCUGAAGCACUUUAAGACAGUCAGUCUGAUUAGUGGUUAUGAAUUCAAUGGCACUUUCAAUGAUUUUUCUUGAAUUAUGUAUGUUUAGAGAUAUAUUUUUGUUUAACUUAUUGUUAGUUUUGACACCAUUAAAGUAGAUAGUCAUUUUUUUACUUAAAAAAAAAAAGACAAAGCAGGACUGAGAUGUGCAUGACCUUAGUCUGUUGUAAUAUCUUCAUAUAAUAUAUUUGAUCCAAACUCAAAUAUCAAAGGGUCUUUUGGCAUGUAGGUGCAAUGUCAUUUUGAAUUUGAAUGAAAUGAUGGUUUCCUUCCUCUCAAAGUGUUCCUAUAGAAUGUAUCGGUUUGUUUGAGUAUUGUCUCCCAGAUUUAAAAGAUCCACAAUAGUGUGCAGUACUGUUUUCUACUUUUUAUUCUGGAUUGACAACUUGUAGUAGAGAAUCUGUUCGUCAGUAUGUGAUCAAUUUCACUUGACUGCCUUACUACACUCGAGGAACAUUGUGGGCCAGGGACUGUAUGUUCACAUGUUAAUUCAUUAAUAUCAAAGUCUUCAUUUCACUUAUGUUAGAAGUUGCCAAGACAAAUGUAUGCUCUCAAAUGUCUUGCUUCUCUCUUUGAUUGUUCUGUUUUUUUACAUGUUAUGUGUAGCGAUUAUAGGUACGUUAUCCCUAGCUUUUGAGAACGUUGGCUAAUGGCUAAAUAUUGCUUUAUUUAUAAUAAAGAGGUAGGGGAUAAAGUGGAUCCUUACCAAAGUAAGACGUACAUCUCUAUGCUAAUUUCCCCAUAUCCUUUGAACCUAUAAAAUAACUCCUCUAAAAUUAAUCUUUGAACAAACUACCAUUAGUUCUGAACCAGAUGUUGAAAUAGUAACUUGGUAAAUUAUGGCAUUAUACCUAAUGCAGUUAGGUAAUGACCAUGCAGUCCAGGAAUAAACCCUGUUAAUCUUU